AUGGCAACCAAUGAGAUCAGCCCCGCUGAUGCCCAAUCAACCGAACCUAUUGAGACUGCGGAACCAUCUUUGCGCGAUCUACCAACCUUAUCGCGCUGGUAUAUCAAUACCCGAGAAUGGGAGGCAAAUGGCCUCGAUCUACCCUUGUUGAAUGUACUCCGCCCUGCUGAACAAGAAGCUGUGAAACGAUACCACCAUGCUUCAGACAGGCGCAUGUCAUUGGCAUCCCAUCUACUGAAGUAUUUGUACAUUCAUCAUGCCUGUGGCGUUCCUUGGAGAGACAUUACCUUCAGUCGCACCCCUAUGCCUGAGAAUCGACCGUACUACGCAUCAAAAUCGGAUAUCCAAGUUGAUUUUAAUGUCAGCCACCAAGCCUCGCUCACUAUGCUAGCCGGAGUCAUCGCGCCGUCUGUUGAGCAACUUGCAAGCCAAACCGUUCAAGGUGUUUCACCCUCGCCACCCAGGAUUGGGAUUGAUAUAACAUGCGUCAACGAGCGGCGCAAACCUAUGAAGACUACGAAAGAUUUCACCGACUUUGUCUCUAUCUUCAGCGAGGUAUUCUCGCCCAGAGAGAUGGCGACCAUGCAAAAUCCCAUCUCGACUCUCCGUCGAGCCCGAGAGCUCGGUCUGGCUACAUCCUUCCCUUCAGACGACAAUGCAACGGUCAUCGAGUUUGGACUCCGUCUCUUUUACUCCUAUUGGGCUUUGAAAGAGGCAUACCUCAAAAUGACCGGUGAUGCACUGUUGGCUGAAUGGGUGCGUCACCUUGAAUUCACAAAUGUCAUUCCACCGGCACCGGUUGAUCCAUUGGUCGCAUCCAAGCCGUAUGGUAUCUCCACAGGCUCGGAUCAUAUACCUCGAUCACCUCAUAAUUGGGGUCCGCCAUACACGGAAGUUGAGGUCUCCAGAGAUGGGGUGUUGAUUGAGAAUGUACGACUUCAACUACAGGCCUUUGAGUCGGACUAUAUCAUUGCCACUGCUGGCCGGGGAUGUCCAGUCGGUCCCAUUCCUGAACAAUUUGAGAAUAGUGGUGACCACCACAUAAGACGGCUCGGAGUGCAUUCUGAAACUCAAGAAAAGGGCAUCCCCAUCUGCGCCCAUAUGGCCGUGGGCCAAUCGGAUCCAUGGUCUCCGAACUCUUCCAUCAUUGAUCCAUGGCUUCCAAUGCAGGAGGUGGACAUUGAACUUGAUAUCCGGGCCUGCGCUGAGGGGCGUUGUUCCCAUUGA